UAAAAUGGACCCCAGACUUUCUGCCCAGGACAUCAUUAGAUGUACCGUCUGUAAAGAUAAAAUUGUACAAAUGUACUGUAACUUAUGUCCUAUGAAUCUCUGUAAGGAUUGUGUUGGGGAACACAUCUCUGAUGUCUCUAAAAAACAUGAUGUGGUGCCUCUUGCUUUGAGAAGAUCCAAACUUGUGUACCCUCUUUGUCAAACUCAUUCUGAAGAGAACUGUGAAAUGCUAUGUGAAGAUUGCAACAUUCCAGCAUGUCCAAAAUGUGUUAUAUCCCCUACACAUAAGAGACAUCAUUUCAAAAGUCUUAAAGAUCUCAUGAACUCUAAGAAAGAGAACAUUGAAAAGGAAAGAAAAAGACUGAAAGAAACAGUUUACUCAACAUUUGAAGAAAUUGUUACUGACAUAGAAACCCGGUUAGCUGAAAUAGACGGAAAAUAUGAGAAACUUACAUUAGAGGUCACAAAACAUGGAGAAGAAUGGCACAGAGAAAUUGACAAAGUUAUAGAGAAAAACAAGGAAGAUAUCAACGAUAAGAAAAACCAACAUAGAGAUGCCCUUAAUCAACAUCUAAAUGAUAUAAAGAAACUUGCUGCUGAUAUCAGACAGUCUAUAUUAGAAACUGAAGACAUUUUACAAUCCAAAGAGGUAAUUAAAUCACUCUCCUAUGAAAUAAAAUCAGAAAAAUUCACCAAACUACCAUCCAAACUGAUCGUUAAGUUUCCUGAGUUUACAGAAAAUAAUAAUAGAGAUCAAUGUUCUCAGUUAUUUGGUUCAUUAUCAUCGUUAUCCAUUACAACUAAAGAAGAUGGCUACACAAUGAAGACACCAGAAGCUGUAUCCUGUCCUCCAGUCAAACCACUGCUUAAUGAACCAGAGCUCAUCACCACCAUAGACACUGGGUAUGACAAAGUAUACAGUGUUACCUGUCUCAGUGAUGAAGAAAUCUGGACACAUGGAAAAGACAAAAUCAUGAAACUCUACAACCUCCAGGCUAAACUACUGAAGUCAAUCCAAAGCAAGUCAGGGAAUGUGCCACGUGACAUAGCAGUGACAAGGACUGGAGAUCUAGUUUAUACUGACCGUGAUACAAGAACUGUAAACAUAGUGAAGAAUGACCAGAUACAGGAAGUGAUCAGACUACAGGGGUGGGUACCUCUCUAUAUUUGUAGUACCUCCUCUGGUGACCUCCUGGUUAUCAUGGUCAGUGAUGAUAAUAAACAAUCAAAAGUUGUCCGUUACUCUGGUUCCACAGAAAAACAAACCAUUCAGUUUGAUAGUGAAAGUAAACCUCUGUAUUCAUCUGGCGGCCUUAAAUACAUCAGUGAGAACAGGAACCUGGAUAUCUGUGUGGCUGACUAUAAAGCCAGUGCAGUAGUGGUGGUUAAUCAGGCAGGAAAACUCCGAUUUAGAUACAUUGGUCAUCCCUCUACUUUCAUGGGAUCAUUCUAUCAUUUUUUCUUUAAAAAGGAAUCAUUUUAUCCCUGCGGUAUCACAACAGACAGCCAGAGUCAGAUUCUGACAGCAGACCGUGACAACGACUGUAUCCAUAUCCUAGAUCAGGAUGGACAGUUCCUCCGCUACAUUGAUAUAUGUGGUCUACAGAGACUAUGGGGUUUAUGUGUAGACACCAGAGACAACCUCUUUGUGGCUGAGCAUGACGGUGGUAGAGUGAAGAAAAUCAAAUAUAUGUAAACAAUUUGUGAUAAAGGUUCAUUC